GCGGUUCCUGGGUAAAUAUGGCGAUAUUCAGUGUGUAUGUUGUUAACAAAGCCGGCGGCCUCAUUUACCAGUAUGACAACUAUGUUCCGAGGGCGGAAGUGGAGAAAACGUUUAGCUUUCCUCUGGAUUUGGUGCUGAAAGUCCACGACGAGAAAGUAAUAGUGUCUUUUGGUCAGCGCGACGGUAUCCGGGUGGGCCACGCAGUGUUGUCUAUUAAUGGCGUCGAUGUGAACGGCAGGUCCACGGGCGACGGGAAGGAGAUACUGGAGUUCCUGAAAGACUCUGCCAACUACCCGGUGUCGAUCCGCUUCGGCAGGGCUCGUCUCACCUCCAACGAGAAGCUCAUGUUGGCUUCUAUGUUCCACUCAUUAUUUGCGAUUGGCUCUCAGUUGUCCCCAGAAGUUGGGAGUUCAGGUAUUGAAAUGCUGGAGACUGAUACUUUUAAGCUGCACUGCUUUCAGACUCUCACAGGUAUAAAGUUCAUUGUGUUGGCAGAUCCUCGACAGGCAGGCAUUGAUGCUCUCCUUCGGAAGAUCUACGAGAUCUACUCUGACUAUGCUCUCAAGAACCCCUUCUACUCGCUGGAGAUGCCGAUCAGGUGUGAGCUUUUUGACCAGAAUCUCAAAAGUGCACUGGAGAUAGCAGAAAAAGCCGGCACCUUUGGACCUGGUUCUUGAAUUCUAGGAGGGCUUACGAGGCAGAGUGCUGCUGUCCAACAUGUGCAAGUUUAGACCUGGGACAUGUCUGCAAGUGACAGAUGGAUGGGACCUGUCUGCAAUGUUUAUUCUUAGCCAUUUUUUGGUGCUUUCAAUAAAACAGGAAAAAUGGUUUCAGCAGAAACACGGCCAGAUAAAGUGUUUAAUGAAUCAACAUUUGUUAUUUUAGUUAUUCUGUUAAAGUGCAAUAUUCUCUCAUGAGGAUAUAAAUGUCAGACCUUUGAAAAGAAGCCCCUGGUUAGAGGAAUAUUGUAAAUAUUACUUGUGGUAUAUUCAUAAUAUUUGUACAUAAUAUAAAUAAAUGUGUGCACCA